UUCAAACUUUGACAUUCAUCCCUCGAGACAUCGCUACAUUAUACCCAAGCGACGAAGGAUUCAAUAUGCCAGAGUACACGAAAGACAUUAAUGCCAUAGUCGUAGGCGCCGGCCCUGCCGGCAUUGCUAUGGCAUACCGGUUGAAGCAUGACCUUGGAUUUGACAACUUCACGGUUUAUGAUAAGCUAGAUGGUGUUGGUGGCACUUGGAUGGCGAACACCUACCCAGGGUGUGGUUGCGAUCUCAAGUCACACCUUUACUCCUUCAGCUUCAACUUAAAUCCGAAUUGGUCGAAGGAGCUUUGCGAGCAACCCGAGAUUCUACAAUACAUGAACGACACAGUGGACAAGUUUGACCUACGCAAGCACAUCCAAACCUCAGUCGAGUGUACGGGGGCUGUAUGGCACGAUGAUCUGUCUAAGUGGGAAGUCAACCUCAAAAAUAACAUAACCGGCAUCGAGUAUACGCGCUUCGCUACCAUGUUCAUAUCCGCCGUCGGCGCCAUCUCCUUCCCCCGCGACGUUAAAUUCAACGGCAUGGAGAACUUCAAGGGUCCCAUGUUCCACACUGCCCGGUGGGAUCACAGCGUUGACUACAAGAACAAGCGUGUCGCCGUCAUCGGCAACGGAUGCAGUGCCGCCCAAGUUGUGCCGGCCCUUGCUAAGGAUGCUGCCUUCGUCAAACAAUACGCGCGAAGCGGUCAAUGGUUCCACGCUCGGCCGAAUCGCGAUUAUACCGCGUUAGACAAGGCUAUCUUCAAAUAUCUGCCCUUACGCCAGCGUUUACUGCGCCUGAAGAUUUUCUUGGACGCGGACGAGGAGACGACGACAUAUUUCCCCACGCCCCGGGGACUGAAGAUGCGUGCCCAAGUUGAAGAGGAGUCGCGGAAAUACAUUAAGUCCAUUGCGCCCGAGAAGUACUGGAAGUCUAUCAUUCCCAACUUCCCGCUAGGAUGCAAACGCCGCAUCUUCGACCCCGGCUACCUCGAGAGCCUCAACCUUCCUAACGUUGAACUCCUCCCGGAGGGUAUCAAAGAGAUGACAGAGACGGGUAUCAUUAGCAGCUCCGGCAUUAAAGACGACUUCGAUAUCAUUGUCCUCGCGACGGGCUUCCAAGUAUCGCAGUUCCUGACGCCGAUGCACAUCGUCGGCAAGACCGGCAAGGCGCUGCACGACCAAUGGAGGGAAUGCCGCGGCGCCCAGGCAUAUCUGGGGACCUUCGUGCACAAUUUCCCCAACCUAGCUAUCCUAUUCGGACCCAACACGUUCCCGGCGAAUAACUCCGCGCUGUUCGCGUGCGAGACCCAAGUAGACUACGCUGUCAAGGCGCUGAUCAAGCCGGUUCUCGACCACCGCGCCGACGUCAUCGAAGUGAAGCAGGCGUACGAAGACGCGGAGACUAAUGCCAUCCACCAGGAACUUACAAACACAGUCUUCUCCGGCGACUGCUCCAACUGGUACAUCGGCGACUUCGGUCGCAACGCGGCGUCCUGGCCGGGUCUAGCCAGAUCAUACUGGUUCCGAACCUACUUCCCUGACUGGAAGGCGUUUAUCUUCACCGGCGGCAGCCCCUGGUGGCCAUUCUACUCAGCCUGGAGGAACGUGACGACGUUGUCGCCGCUGACGAAAGCAUUAGUUGUUGUAGGCGCAUUUGUGCUCCUGAGCGGGAAUAGCAACGUAGUCAAGGGCCAAUCAGCGGCGGCCUACCAACUGCUAUUGAAGAAUUUACAGCCGGUGACGUUGCUGAAAUGAAAAUGCAUCUUGUUUUCUUAGCUUUAUAUUAUAGUAGUAAAAAAAUCCACUUAAAUAAUGAAUUUAAAUGCGACUUUUAAAAACUUCCGCUGCCUAUGCUAUGUCUUCAUGAUCGAGGGGUUUGUUCGAUGUGCUCAAAACCUCAAGGGUUCCAACUACGUCAUUAGAUUAUAGACCCCUAAAUUCUACUAUACUGACUGGGCCUUGAGAAAAAGGGGACCAGCACGGGUUUUGCAAAGUCCCACUUUAUACAGAGACGCGACGCACUCAAUCAAAAGCUGCAGCACUAUUCCGUAGAGCAGCG